GGAAGCUGAAUGCAAAAGCCAAGCCGGAAGAUACUUUGCUCUGCUCUGCAAAACCCCCCCUCUCUCUCUCUAAUCAACAAUAACCCAAAUUCCACUACUCUUCGCAUCUCUCUCUCUCUGUCUCUCUAUCCAUUAAUGGAGAUUUUUCAAGAACUCCUCUUCACUGUCGCUCUUUCUCUCCUCUUCUCUUUCUUUUUCACCAAGAUAUUUUCAAUGGCGUCGUCUUGUGAUGAUGAUGAUGACACUAUAGACAACUCUGUGUCUGUGUCGGUAUCGGUGUCGGUGUCGGUCGAAGAAUCAGCUUUUUGCAGCGAAAAAUUGGUAAUUUGGGAACCCGAAAGCGAGAGAAGAGUUUGUUUUGUGGAUAAAGCAGUUAAAUUUAACAAACUCGAAGAGGAAGAGUCUAGGGUUGAAACAAUCGAUGAUGAGAUUGAUGAUAGUGAACAAGUUUCGCAAAAUAAGGGUUCGAAAAAUAGUGUUUUUACCGAGGAACUUGAAGAGAAGAACUUGGUUGAUGAAAGUUACGUGAGAGACGAAUUUCGUGAAAUCGGGAUAGAAUCGGACGACCUAGCUGAAAAAAGUCCAGAGAGAGCGAAUUUUCGAGAAAUUGGGAUAGAAUCGGCCGUGGAGGAGGAGAAAAACGAAGAGGCUAGGGUUUUGGAGAGUGACGAUAAUAAGGGGAAUGAGAGUGUUGGCAUAGAGAGCAGUGAGAAUGAAGAAGAAGAAGAAGAAGAAGAAGAAGAAGAAGAAGAAGAAGAAGAAGGGUUAUUUGAUGACUGGGAGGGGAUAGAGAGAACAGAGCUGGACAAGCGAUUUGGCGCCGCGGUGGUGUUUGUUGGUUCUAAGAACAAUGCUGAUCGGAUUUCGAGCAUUGAUAGUGAUACGAAGAGGCAGUUAAUUGGGCUUCAUAAGGUUGCCAUUGAAGGGCCUUGUUGCGUGCCACAGCCGAUGGCAUUGAAGGUCUCUGCUCGUGCAAAGUGGAAUACUUGGCAACAGCUUGGGGACAUGAACCGAGAGGUGGCUAUGGAGCAAUAUAUAACCCUUUUGUCAAGGAGCAUUCCUGGAUGGAUGGGGGAUGACACAAAAGGAGAUGGUAAACAGAUUUUCUCAGAUGGAAGAUCAUAUACUAAUCUACCUUCCAAUUUACAUAAGCAAACUGGUACAAAAAAUGAAAGUUUGGCGGAAGAACUGAAGCCUUGUUGUGAUGAAGAACGCAGGAUGAUUAGUGUUGAGCUUUCAAACAUCACAAACAAAGAGAAAGAGUGACAUCCUUUGCUGUUUGCUUCUACAACAAUGGGAAACUUUGAUUAGGAGUUUGGUUCAAGUAUUCAAAGCUUCAGUUGCAGCUAUAAUCAAGUAUAUAUAUAUAUAUAUCGUGCUUUUCUGUGUAAAUGAAGAACUAGUCACGUGUCUAUAUGGUAACUUAAUUCCUGGAAUUCAUAACCCUGGUUUUCAUGGGGUUUACUGGGAAAGAUUUGAUAAUUUGGAUUAAAGAAAAAUUUCUGUUUCUUUAUAUAUA